AUGAUGGAUUCACCGACUACACCGCCGGGCUACAUGUCCGAGGACGGCGACAACAACGAAUCUCACAGUAUGAGUCCCAACCCUACAGUGAUGGGAGUACUAGACACUCAACCCGUCCUCUAUUGCGAACCCGUGUUUUGGUGCUCAAUCAGCUAUUACGAGCUCAAUACCAGAGUUGGAGAGACGUUCCACGCUUCUCAACCUUCUAUAUCGGUUGACGGCUUCACAGAUCCCAGUAAUUCUGAACGAUUUUGCUUGGGCCUAUUGUCAAACGUCAAUAGGACAAGUGUAGUUGAACAGAUUAGACGACAUAUCGGCAAAGGUGUACGGCUCUACUACAUUGGCGGCGAAGUAUUUGCAGAAUGCCUCAGCGAUUCUAGUAUUUUUGUACAGUCACCCAAUUGUAAUCAGAGAUAUGGAUGGCAUCCAGCCACUGUCUGUAAGAUACCCCCAGGUUGUAAUUUAAAAAUCUUCAACAACCAAGAAUUUGCAUCUCUUCUAUCUCAAUCAGUGAGUCAAGGUUUUGAAGCAGUGUACCAAUUAACUCGUAUGUGUACGAUACGUAUGUCUUUCGUUAAGGGCUGGGGCGCUGAAUAUAGGCGACAGACAGUCACAUCUACCCCUUGUUGGAUAGAACUACAUCUAAAUGGACCACUGCAAUGGUUGGACAGGGUUCUCACACAAAUGGGUUCGCCUCGCUUGACAUGUAGUUCUAUGUCAUGA